AUGACAUUCAUGAGUGUUAACAAGUACAUGCCUGUGAACCCGUGUGCAGACAGCAUCAGCUGUCGGGGUCUGAGGCAGUUCAACAAUGUGAUAAAGUGCAUCAUCCCUGGGACUGUAUACAUGGAGGGAUAUGAUGACUAUGGCUGUUACUGUGACUUUGGGGGCUCAGACACUCUGGUGGAUGAGUUAGACAUGUGCUGCCAGACUCGUGACAACUGCUAUGGUCAGGUCGAGAAGAUGGAAAACUGCAAACCCCUCAUAGACAACCCCUACACCAGCUGCUACUCAUACUCCUGCUCUGGAAAUGAGGUCACCUGCCGUGACAAAAACAACCCCUGUGAGGCCUUCAUCUUCAACUGUGACCGUGAGGCUGCCAUCUGCUUCUCCAAGGCUCCAUACAACAAGGAGGUGUUAGACCUCAGUUAUCACCUCAACAAAAACAACCCCUGUGAAGUCUUCAUCUGCAACUGUGACCACCAGGCUGCCAUCUGCUUCUCCCAGGCUCCAUACAACAAGUACUACAAAGGUGAUAACUGUUAG